AUGAUACGCCGCUAUGCUUUCCUUGUUGCGAUAACGUUGGCAACUGUGGUAUGGUGGUUUGGUGGAAUUCUUUUUCUUACGUUACUUCUCAUUGGAUACGCAUAUGCCGCGAAUAAGAUAUUUAAUCUCUAUUUAAUGGCGGGUCCUCGGACCUCACGACAGGUACCACCAACCCCAAUUGCCUACUGUCAACAACUUUCAGCAGUUCAACUCAACAAAGCCUACAUCUCGGGUGAAUUACGCUGUGAAGAUGUGGUGCGAACGUAUAUUGCUCAUAUUAAACGUGUGAAUCCCUAUUUAAAUGUGAUGGUGUUUGAAUGUUUUGAUGAGGCUAUUCAAGCAGCAAUUGCGGCAGAUGCGGUGUGGGAUGCAUGGCGUGCCAAUCCUCAUCGCCCAGCACCCAGUUGGUUACUCGGCGUUCCCUGUACAAUUAAAGAAUGUAUGGCAGUCACGGGUUGUCCAAACACGAGUGGUCAUCCCCAGCGGCGACAUAUCAUUGCCACUUCCGAUAGUCCUGUUGUAAAGAACUUUCGAGAUGCGGGGGCUAUUAUUUUAGGAGUCACCAACACCAGUGAGUUGUGUAUGUGGUAUGAGAGUUCUAACUAUGUGUAUGGAAUCUCCUGCAAUCCAUAUGAUACACGGUGUUUGGUGGGAGGAAGUAGUGGUGGGGAAGGAGCCGCGGCAGGAGCGGUGUUUUCCACCUUUUCACUCGGUAGUGAUAUUGGUGGUUCCAUUCGCAUGCCAGCUUUUUUUAACGGUGUCUAUGGACAUAAGGCAAGUCCACAUUAUAUCAGUAAUAGAGGACAACAUCCAGCACCAAAAACAUCUGCAAAUCAUUACAUGGCAACUGGUCCUAUUUGUCGAUUUGUAGAAGAUAUUGUGCCACUCUGUGAUGUGGCGGCGCGGGGAGGAUUUCUGGAGGAUCCUCAACAUUUUCCCCCACGUUUACCUCUUGGGGAUAUUCCAAAAAUUGGCAAAAGUAAACCUUUACGAGUGUAUGCAUUGGAGGAUUUUGGCAUUCACGGCGUUCGUACAUCAUCCUCGCAGAUUGAAGCCCUUCACGUGGCGGUGCGGUGUUUGGAAAAACACUACGGGGCACAAGUGGUGUAUGUAAAUCUGCGAGAUCCCAGUCGUUGUAGUGGAGGCGAAGUACCGGCGGUGUUUAAACCCUUUGCAGAUAUAUUGGCGAUGUGGUCUAAAGCUCUCAUGUCAGAUGCGACGGAAACAAAAUUUACGGCUCUUAUGGGUGAGGGAUAUCAGAGUUUUAAUGUAUUUAGGGAAAUGGCACGUUGGUUGGUGGGACGAUCCCAACAUACAUUACCAGCCUUAUCACUUUGUUUAAUUGAAUCUAUGGAAGGGAAACUACCACGUCAGUUAUUAUUAACCAAUUCUAAAUUCAGUAUUUCUGAUUUUAAACAAUCCCUAGAGGAACUUCUCUGUGAUGAUGGUGUUAUUGUGGCUCCCACCUUCCCUCGACCCGCCCCUCAUCAUCAUUCUCCACUCUUAUCUCCAUUUGAAUUUCAAUAUACGGCGGCUUUUAAUGUACUUCAAAUGCCCGCCACGGCUGUUCCCAUCUGGACAGAAGAUCUUCAGAACUCCCAAACAACAUUAACACCGGCGGAUGUGCGUGAGAGAGGACUCCCGGCGGAUUAUCAUCUCCCGAAAGGUGUGCAGAUCGUCUCUCGCCAACAUAAUGAUGAGUUGAGUCUCGGUGUGGCCAUCGCACUGGAAAAGGUACUCGGUGGAUAUAAAUACCCCGGUUGGGCCGUACUGCAGCCAAAGCAGAAUACUAAUAAUAAUAAUAAUAAUAAU